ACAGAGCCACUCCCUAGGAUCGAUGACCUGCUGGAUAUGGUCCAGGGUUGCACCAUUUUUAGCAAAGUCGACCUCAAGUCUGGGUAUCACCAGAUUGAGAUGGCAGAGGAGGACGUCCACAAGAUGGCCUUCAAAACCAGGUAUGGUACUUAUGAGUACCUGGUGAUGCCAUUUGGACUCUGCAAUGCACCUGGUACAUUCCAGACUGAGAUGCACCGCAUCUUCAGGCCGUACCUGGACAAGUUCAUGGUUGUUUACCUGGAUGAUAUGCUGGUAUUCAGCAGGACUGCCAGGGAACAUGCGGAGCACUUGACUCUGAUUCUGCAGGCAUUACGUGACAGCCAGUAUAAGAUCAACAGGGAGAAGUCCUCUUUUGGAGUUCCCUCUGUUAUCUAUCUGGGUCAUGUGAUUUCUGGAGAUGGUUUGGCCCCUGAAGCAGCCAAAGUUGCUGCUAUUCAGGAUUGGCCACAGCCCCAGACAGUGAGAGAUGUCCGGUCAUUCUUGGGUCUGGCCUCCUGCUACAGAAAGUUCGUCAGGAACUUUUCCGCAGUGGCUGCACCCCUGACUAACCUCACCAAGAAAGACACUCCCUUUCUUUGGUCCCUCCACUGUCAAAUGGCCUUUGCACGACUCAAACAGGCCUUGACUCGUGCGCCUGUUCUGAAGUUGCCUGACCCCACUCUGCCAUUUGUUCUCACCACUGACGCCAGUCAGUAUGGCAUUGGGGCAGUCCUUCAGCAGGAUGAUGGUAAUGGUCUGAGACCUGUAGAGUUUCUGAGUAAGAAGAUCAAAACUCAGAAGCUUCAGGACUCUACCUACGAGAAAAAGCUCAAUGCUCUUGUCAGUGCCCUGAAACAUUGGAAGCACUUUCUCCUGGGCAGGCACUUCAAGAUCUUUUUUGAUCAUUCCACCCUGCAAUGGUUGAAGUCCCAGGGAGAGCUGAAUGAUAAACUGGCACGCUACAUUCAGUUCAUUGAUCUGUUUGACUUUGAACUGAAGCAUAAGAAGGGCUGCUACAACAAGGUAGCAGACACCCUCUCUCGUAGGCUUGACUCUUUUGUGUUGAUCUCCUCUACUCACUCCUUUGGAGAGGAGGUCCGUCAGACCAUCGCUCGUUUGCUGCCUCAGGAUCCGACUUAUGGACCCAUCGUCAGGAAUCUGCAAGCAGAUCCUAAUUCUGAACUUGGCUAUGCCAUGAGUUCAGAUCUGCUGUACACUUACAUCAGAGGAGAGGAGCGCUUGUGCAUCCCUGAGGAUCAACAGCUGAGGACACUGCUGAUGUCAGAGUGCCACGACGCGCGUGGACACUUUGGGUUCCUAAAGUCAUAUGCAGCCCUGUCACAGCGCUUCUUCUGGAAGGAGAUGCGGAGUGAUAUGCUGCGCUAUGUGGAUACCUGUGAGCUCUGCCAAAGGAACAAGGUUCAGCGGAAACCUCCUUUGGGAUUGCUCAAACCUCUACCCAUACCUGAUGGUCCUGCCCAGUCUGUAUCCAUUGACUUUACAGACUUAGGCAAUACUACCCCUCGUGGCAUGCGUCAGGUAAUGGUCUGCGUGGACAGGUUUUACAAAUACGCAGGGUUCAUCCCCUUGCCAGAGGUAGCCAGGGUACCGGCUGUGAGAGCAGCCUUUUCUGAGAGGUGGGUCAUGUACCAUGGACCGCCCACUUCUAUUGUGAGUGAUCGAGACCCCAGAUUCUGCAGCGAUGAGUGGCAGUCCUAUUGCAAGGACUAUCUGCACUCACGCCUGGACAUGACUUCUGGUCGUCAUCCUGAAGCCGAUGGAUUGGCUGAGGUGAUGAACCAGGUCCUGUUCCAGUUGCUACGUCCUGUGAUCUCUCCUGAUCAGCAGGACUGGGAUCUCCACUUGGCGAGGGCACAGCUCAUGAAUAACAUGUCUGUCCACUCCUCGACAGGGUUCAGUCCCUACCAAUUACAUUGGGGACGAGAACCACGACAGCCUCUCGAUGAUAUCAUCGAUAAGGCUAAGCCUGACCUUACCCCAGGCACUGCAGAGUUCGCCAGACGUUAUCGUCUGGAUGUGGAAAGAGCCCGGGCGAACUUGUUCAAGGCCCAAAAGGCCAUGAUUGAACAAGCCAACCGCCACAGGCGGCCUUCCCCUAUCCGCACUGGUGACUAUGUCUGGGUGGCCAGUUCUGAGUUGUCGAGGGAGGAGGAUAUUUCUCCCAAGCUGUUGCCACGCUACCUGGGUCCGUGGCAGGUUUUAGAUACAGUGGGAGCUGAUCCUUUCGGCCCAUCGUAUGUCAUUGACGUGCCCCUGCAUCUACGAACCUAUCCGGUCUUCCAUGCAUCUAAGCUGCUGCCUUUUAUGCCAGCUGAUGCAUUCCCUGACCGGCCCCCUCAAUGGGGCCCACCAAUCCCUGGUAAGGGAUAUGAUGUGGUGGCCAUUGAGGAUGAGUGGGGCACUGGCCCCGACCGGCAGUAUCUUGUCAGGGAGUUCAGGAGAGGCUGGCAAGAUGUUCUCAAGGCCUUACCACCUGGUGCCCCAGGGUGUGGUGGGAGACAUCGCUUCGGUAGCGCUGCUGGCUUAGUCUUGCCCCCGUGUUCUUCAGUCCCAAUACGCAAUUCCUCAGCAUAUCUGCCACAUGAUGAUAGCGAUGUGGAAUUGCGGCGAGCCUUUGAACUGGCAACUGAUGAUGAGCUGCAAGAGCUGACCAACAUACUGUAUGGCAAGAGUCUCUUCAGCCCUUUAUUGAAGUCCAUUGCGCCAGGUGACGGAUCAAAAGCUGGCGAUUGGGAUGAGGAUAUUUAUGCAAUUGAGGGUGGAAGGGAGGCGCUCCUCAGGCGGCUCGAAGCCCGAUUCCUUUUCCUGGCUGCAGAUGCGAAGGGGACCUUGAGUGGCCGCCGACCGACCUACCGAGAUGUACUUGUACAAGUCAAGAAUCGCCUUCAAAUCGCUUGUUCAUCCCGGUUGACGACUGCUGAUCUCGAAGCAGAAAUAUUCUUACAUCUUCUUCAGCGGUAUUGCAGCCAUCACAUGCAUGAAGAUGAAACAAGACAGGCAAAGCAAACACAAAGAAAUUGGAUGUCUUCUGCGGGAAGGGGAGAUCGCGCAAUAGCAAAAAAGAGAGCUUCGUGGCGCGACCUAUCGACUCCUUUACGAGUGGCGGCUUUUGGUCAAGAACUGCUUUCGAUGGCGAUUCAGGGCAGUAGCGCGAUCACUUUGACAAGGUUGCAGAAACUUAUACUGGGAGAACUGUCCGGUAAAGUGUUGCUGGAGCGUGCACGAUACGAGGUUGCCAAGGGUAUGGUGAAGACGGGAGGCGAGGCUGCUGCUAGUGGACUGGAGCAGCAGUUGGCAAUAUUAGCGGCACGUCAGGGUUUGGCAGGUGCUACAGCCCGUUACGUGACUUUGAGGACGGCACUGACAUUGCUGGGACCCUUAAUGUGGGGAACGUUUGCAGCAGAUAUUUUCCUAAGAUCCGUCGGGACGGACUACCGGCGUAUUGUACGAGCAAUAUUUGCACUAGCGCAGAUCCGACUGACAAGGACGUAUGGAUGGACGACCGCAGAAUGAAGCUAUGGAGCUAUGGAGCUAUGGCGGAAUGCUGACCAGACCCACAUGUAAUCUCCAGCUCUGCGCACUGGGAUGAUUUCACUUUCAUUUAUACAAAAAAAUAAUAAGUGGUAAUUUGCAAAAUAGCCCCGUAAGUUUAGACAUAUGCCAAAUGCCCCUGAAAGAUGUGGGUAGAGCGGAAUGCCCUUUUGGGCCGAAAUCUUUGUGUUGUGUCCCUGUCAGGGGGGUGUGCAAAUUUGCAAUCUUGACCUCCCCGUUUGGGCCUUGGCCUUUUGCAAUAUAGCGCCUAGGAGAAGUUGGCAAGUACUGGGGCAUUUUGCAAAGUUGGGGUACCCGGUAGGAGUGUAUUGCAAAUAUGGGGGUUCAACUGACGCCAGGGGUAUUUCACAAAUUUUGUUUUUUUUUGUCAGAGGGGCAUUCCGCUCUACCCACAUCUUUUAGGGGCAUUUUGGCAUACAUCCUUGGCUUCAUUUCCAUGCGCACGGGUAUCCCCGACACCGUGAUAUAUCUCAAUUUCUGGGGGUAUUUUGCAAAUUAUCCCAAAUAAUAAUAAUAUAAUAAUAACUUAAAAAAAAGUUCAGAGAGAGUCAAAGCACGCAGUGCCAGACACAAUCAAUAUAAAUUAGAAAUUUCAAAUUAGAUAUUUAUGUAAGGGAGAGUGGAAUAGCGCAAGCCAAGGAUUGGAGAGAGAGAGAGAGAGAGAGAGAGAGAGAGAGAGAGAGAGAGAGAGAGAGAGAGAGAGAGAGAGAGAAGGAUCAGAGUAGUUGGGGCACACCAGGCCCCAAGCACAGCGAGAGGGAAACGAUGAUUGUGCAGCAGGAGCAUGUGACACUCGAGGGUCGACCAUGGCUAUCUGCAGUCGAGCAACGCAACUGCGUGGUGGCGGUCAGUUGAGUUCGCUUCCUUUAGGAGUACCGUUGCCAGAGGGGGGGGGGGGGGGGGGGGGGGGGGGGGGGGGGGGGGAAGUAGUAGUAGUAGUAGUAGUAGUUUUGCUGUUAUCUAAUGGACUCUGGUUGUCCUGCUACUUUAUGUACUAUGCAGUCUUCCUUUGAAAUAAAUAUGGCUACUCUUUACCUCCAAGCAAUUUGUGAGCAGUUCGGCCGUCAAGUAGCAUACACGUCAAUCAGGGCAAGGCGUCACCUUUUUCUAAGGCGCAGGCUUUGGGCUUGACAUCAACUUGGAGCCCUCCUGGAGCCCUUCCUGUUCCAGCAAUGAAGCUCUCUAUCUCCU